AUGAAUCCACCAUCAUAUCACCAUCAUGGAAGCAUCAAGGCAACUCCUGUGAACUUUCAGCAAAACCGGCCGUGCCAGUGGAACGAAGAGGUCUACCAAAACAUGAGUCAGCCCCAAGAACGACAUCGAUGGGACGUCAACUCUGCAUAUAGUUCUACCAAUGCCUCGCACUUUCAACGCGGACGGACACCGUUGACCGCAGAGCCCUCGCUGUCGCGGACUUAUUCAAACUUGUCUAUUCCCAGCUCGACUCAACGAAGCCAAGGGUAUCUUAAUGCCCCUCCUGGAUCAUUCUGUCAAUUUCCAGAGUCUCCGGGAAUCUCACAAAUUGACCGUGGCUCACAUCCUGCCACGACUUCAUUCAGCGAGCAGCGCCCUAUCUACCGAACACAAUUAACUCAAUCAUUGCCAAGUAUUGUACAGCUCAAAGAGCACUCAUACGCAAGGAAGAUGCCGCCAGGUUCGAGCACAGCUACUGAUGAAUUGUUUUUCCCCACCAUACCUGAUACUACACACAAGGGUAUAUCGAUCGCUCAUGUUUAG